GGAAUGGCAAGUGAGAUUGGCUGCAAUUUUAAGUCACCAGAUGCAUUAGCUAUUAACAACAGACAUCCUGUCCUUUGAAGCUUUGAAGACAGGCAUUGACUUCUCCUCUCUAGCUAUGAAAGUCCUAGAUGGCUUCUUCUUCCAACAAAAGGCUGUUUCAUCUACACUGACGACCUGUGGUUUGGUGUAGCCACCUCCAUCACUUACCUUAGCUAGGUCUCUGGAUAACUUGCUGCAGCUUCUCCAUCAGCACUUGUUACUUCAUCUUGCACUUUUAAGUUAUGGACAUGUUUAUUUCCUUAAAACUCAUGAACCAACCUCUGCCACUUUCAAACUUUUCUUCCAUAGUUUUCUCACUCCUCUCAGCCUUUUUUGAAUCAGCAAUAAAGCUGUUUCACUUUCUUGUCAUUCAUGUGUUUACUAAAGCAGCACUUUUAAUUUCCUUUGUUUUUCUCUGCAUUCACAACUGGGCUAACUCCCGGGUGCAAAAGGCCUUGCUUUCAGCCUAUCUCAACUUUGAACAGGCCUUCCGCACUAAGCUUAAUCAUCUCUAGCUUUCGACUUAAAAUGAGGGAUGUGUGUCUCUUCCUUUUACUUGAACACUUAGAGGCCGUUGUAGGUUAUUAAUGGUGUAAUUCCACAAUUGUCUCAGGGACUAGGGAGGCCUGAGGGGAGGGAGAGAGAUGGAGGCAGCUGGUCAGUGGAGCACGUGGAACACAGGUGACAUUUAUUAUGUUUUCCGUCUUACCUGCGUGUGGUUGUUGGUUACAAAACAAUUACCAAGUAAAAUUGAAGAUCACUAGGUGCAGAUCACCAUGACAGACAUAAUUAUAAUGAAAAAAUUCGAACUAUUACAAGAAUUACCAAAAUGUGACACAGAGAUAUGAAGUGAGCACAAGCUGUUUGAAAAUGGGACCCAUUGAUGUGCCCCAACGGAGCUCCCACAAACUUUCAAUUUGUAAAAACAAGUGCAGUAUCUGCGAGGCACAAUAGAGCAAGGCGCAAUAAAACGAGGUCGGCCUGUGCGUGCAAACCCCUCACAGAGCGCUGUAAACACAAUGUAGGAACGUCAUGGAAAAGCCCGUUCUGAGCACCGGGCUACAGGGGGCGCUGUUGGGCAAACAGGUCAUUUGGCGGCACAAAGCCGCUCACGGCCCAUCUCUGAGGUAACGCGGUCACAUUUACCUUUUCAGCAUGUGCCGUGCCACAAACUGGGUCACUGAAAACCGCGGAGGAAGUUCAUUCUUCGCCCCGGACCAGGAGGGCUGCGCCCUCAGGGAGCUGAGCGGUCCCCCUGAGGCCCCCUCGCUGCCCGCACAAUUCAGCUGUGCCGACCCCAGCGCGGCGGUGCCGGGACCUGGUGUGCAGAGGAAUCGUGGUGAGAAAUGUGCACACGUCGUCCGGACAGACGGCCCCGUGAGUCUCCCGACAGAAAAGAGGACGGCGAGGCGGAGUCCUGAAGGCGAGGCUUGCAGAGGCGGGAGAACCAGGCAGACGGCCGCGGGCCUGCGGGGCUCCCGACGGCGACGAGGGCGGCGCCCCCCACACGCCUGCGCUCCGGGAAGGCGGAGUCUUCUGCGCCGCCUGCGGGGCGUGGGAGCUGCGCGCUGCUUCCCUGUGGGGCGGAGCUGGCUGGAGCCGCCGCCUGAAGAAACCGGGCUGUGUCCUGCGCUCCGGGGAGGGGAACGUGGCCAGUGGAAGCCGAGUUCCUUCUGUUGCCUUCCGCGGCCCACAGCGAAGUCACUCUGAAGAGCACCUCGCAGGCCUGCGCUUCUGCUUCUCGUCGCCUUCUAGGCGGCUCUGACCCUGACACCCCUUUCCUCCUCUGGUUGUCUCCUCGAAUCCUACAGUAAGGGAAAUGGGGGACCUGUUUUGAAACAAAAUGAGAAAGAACCAUAACCUUCAACUUCAAAACACUUCCAGUCUCCUGAAGGUUUUUCACAGUCCGAGAUCACCCAUUUCCCAGGGUCCUUGAAAUACUUCCUGGAGCCGCGCCUCUCCCAGUGCUCUGGCUGGAGACAGCAGCGGGGGCUGUCUUCCUCUGCGUCCUCGUGAACACCCAGUUUGGGGUGGAAGAGUCAAAAAGAAAACCCAGGAACGCCCCAUCCUGUCGUUCUCAGGGUCCCCCAGAUCCCCGGGGCUUCCUCUCUCCGCCCCGGUCUUCCUGCGUUUGUUUGACGGGCCCUGCCCGAGGUUUCCGGUUGCACCUGCGGGAAGGAGGAAAACGCACGCCUGUUCCAUCUUCCUAGGAGGGGAAGUGUGAGGCUUUUUGAAUGACCACCGUGUAUCGCCUUAAUUCUCCUUCACUUUCAGCGGUUUCGUCUGCCCCGCCUCAGGAAGACCGUCUGUGUUCUUUCCUCCAUAGCCCGGGCACCGAAGGCACAUGCCGUGCCUAUAAAUUUUCUGUCUCGUCCCAGGCUCUACGUGAGCUCGUUAUUACUUCAGUGUAAUCUGCGCACGUUUCACCCUAGGAGAGACACUGCCCAGAUGUGGCAGCUUUUCCUGACAGAUGGCCCGAGGCUAUUCUUGCCCUAAAACUUCAAAUGCUCACUUAAAACCAUCCUUCCUAACAACACAGGUUUUCCCAUUUCUAUGAGGUUGACCUUUACACCUGAAGAGUCAUCAAAACCCAGCUGGUGAUAAAGAAGUGACGAUUUCAAAAAACGGAGGGAGAAUGGAAUCUGGUCUCUGGCUUUCAAGUGAUUCCAGUUGCUUGCUUUAGUCUGAUCGGAAUGUUUGAGCAUUUGAGGAAAAGGCCCUUAACUUGAUUUGCCAAACCCCAGAAAGUAGGAGCUGAACUGACAUUUAAAAUCAGAAUAGCCUUGACGGGCUUGCAUUCUUACUUACGUCCUUUAAAUCUUUCCUGGAACAGGGUUGAGAGCGUAUAAAUGUACAAAUGCAUGAAAACAGGCAAUGAACAAAGUGUUCAUUCCAGUCUCAGGUCUAAAUUCCCUGGACCAUGUUUUGUCUCUUGCCUUUUCUCUGAACUCCAUGCAUGUCAAGUCAUUAAGUCAUAGCCUUCUUUUUUUUAAGACAGACUCUCACUCUAUCGCCCAGGGUCGUGCGGUCUCAGCUCACUGCAACCUCUGCCUCCCAGGUUCAAGCAAUUCUCCUGCAUCAGCCUCUCGAGUAGCUGGGAUCACAGGCGCACACCCCUAAGCCUGGCUGAGAUCAUAGGCUUUGUCAGUUGUACCCGCAGUCUCCCUGUGCACCCAGCCACGGUUAGCUGUCGCUCUCUUGACCCUGACAGUGACCCUUGCUGUUCGCAGUUGUGCCGUCCACUCUGCAUCCCUAUUUGCAACAGCUUAAUCUUGCCUCUUUCAAAAUAAUUUCAACCAACAGUAAUUGUAUAUAUUUAUUAGGUACAAUGUGGAGUUUUGAUGUAA